CAGUAAGGAAGUUGAGUGAACUUGAUCGCUUCGCUUUCUUCCUGUUCUUUUCAUUGUGACUGGCCCUUGGCUGAAAUCGAAAGAGCAAAAGUUUGUUUAGAGAUAUUGGUACUUGAGUUGAAAUAAAACUAAAAGACAAACUAUCAAGAGUGAAAAUGGCGGAUGAGUCUUCUGCUCCCGAUAGAGAGGAGGAGGUCGAAGCAAUGGGAGAUACAACGGAUGCGAAGCCGGACAGAAAAGGAAGGUUCUCUCUGUUUGGAAAUAAGAAGAAAAAGGAUGGCCAGGGUCUGGAGCAGGACCCCUCUUCUGAAAGUCAUAACAGAGUUGUUUCACCGGCCUUCCAGUAUAAGAUGAACUACAAGAGGCUUGGGAAGUGCAUCAUUAUCAACAACAAAAACUUUCAUGUGCAAACAGGCAUGAAAGUACGGAACGGCACAGACAGGGAUGCUGGAGAACUGUUUAAGUGUUUUAAAACGUUGGGCUUUGAAGUUUGUAUUUACAACGACCAGACGUGUCAAAACAUGGAGAGGCUGCUUAGAGAAGCCUCGAAGGAAGACCACAGUGACAGUUCAUGCUUUGCCUGCAUCCUUUUAAGCCACGGCGAGGAAGGCAUGAUCUAUGGCACGGACGGAGCAAUACCAAUCAAGACUAUGACCUCCCUGUUCAGAGGAGACAUGUGCAAGAGUCUUGUGGGCAAACCCAAACUCUUCUUCAUUCAGGCAUGCAGGGGCUCUGAAUUUGAUAAUGGGAUUCAGAGUGAUUCCGGACCUCCAAAUGAAUCCAUGGAAACAGAUGCCAACCCUCAGCACAAAAUUCCAGUUGAAGCCGACUUUCUUUUUGCAUAUUCCACAGUGCCAGGCUACUACUCCUGGAGGAACCCGGGGCAGGGAUCCUGGUUUGUCCAGGCACUGUGCAACGUCUUGAGUGAAUACGGGAACCAGCUGGAGAUCCUGCAGAUUCUAACCAGAGUCAACUACAAGGUGGCUACCAGCUUCGAGUCGUGGUCUGAUGACCCUCGCUUCAGUGAAAAGAAGCAGAUACCCUGUGUGGUGUCCAUGCUGACGAAAGAACUCUACUUUAACUAAUGUUGAAGUUGAUCAUUAGUUGGUCGCACAUUCAGGGAGAUUAUAAUACAGCUCAACUUCUUCAGUGGCACUUAACGUGCAAAACAAUCAUACUUGUCUGUAAAGGUUGUCCUUGAAACUUAUCACAUUGACCUUUCCAGACAGGUAGCGUUUAAUAUCCAUGUUAUUCUACAGGAAACACAUCAAGGUUUGGUCCUGGGGAAACAGCAGUGUUAUACCACUGCUAUGGCCAUGUUAUCGUCUACAGAUACAUAUUACUUACAGGCACCUGCAAUCAUUUCUAAUGUAAAUCAAGCCUAUAUCAUAAUUUCUGAUUUAAAUCAAGCCUAUAUCAUCAUUUCUGAUGUAAAUCAAGCCUAUAUCAUAAUUUCUGAUGUAAAUCAAGCCUAUAUCAUAAUUUCUGAUGUAAAUCAAGUCUAUAUCAUCAUUUCCCAGCUAAAUGGGACCGAGCCAGUUUAAGCAUCCCCAUAACAGGAGCUUAUAUAUUUCUGUAAUUGAAACUGUUGCCACAAUUCUGUUAACGUCACAAUACAAUAUUGAUAUAUACUUCUGCGUGCAUGAAUUAGCUCACCUCACAACCCCCUGGAGGGUGAGUAACAGCUGUGAAUUAGAGCAGAAUAAACGGUGCAUUCAUUAGGAACGGAGGGAGGGGGAAGGAGGACCGAAAUGUUUUUAAAUCAUGAGGAAUUAAGGGGUCUGAAUUCAAAAGGAAUUACUAGAAGAUGCUAGGAGAUAUUUAUUGUGGGUUAUUUCAGCUGCCGAACCUUAAAGCAAGUGAAAAUUUAAUUCUCACCGCCGUUUCAUUCAAAACUCAAGUGUUUAUAAAGUUCUAGUAUACUGUAAUUACUGGCCCACACACUACUCCUCACAGCACACCAUAACAAUGAGAGAUACAUUUUAUAAAGUUCUAGUAUACUGUAAUUACUGGCCCACACACUACUCCUCACAGCACACCAUAACAAUGAGAGAUACAUUUUAUAAAGUUCUAGUAUACUGUAAUUACUGGCCCACACACUACUCCUCACAGCACACCAUAACAAUGAGAGAUACAUUUUAUAAAGUUCUAGUAUACUGUAAUUACUGGCCCACACACUACUCCUCACAGCACACCAUAACAAUGAGAGAUACAUUUUAUAAAGUUCUAGUAUACUGUAAUUACUGGCCCACACACUACUCCUCACAGCACACCAUAACAAUGAGAUGCAUUUUCAUAAAGUUUUUUCAGGGAGCGAGUAGAAAUUUGUUUUAAGUACAGUAACUUUCCUUAGUUAAUUCCUAGUGCCAUGUUUAAUUAUUUAUGCCUGUUUCUGUUGACUCGGUUCAUGAACCCCGAUAUUUACAAUCUUGCACAAUAUUCAGUCUUAACCUGUAAAAUUUGUUCUAUUUUCAGUCACGAUCAGCAUAUUUACAAUCAUAAUAAUAAACUUUGAAGGUUGAACUAUUGAA